AUGGAUGUCGAGGCCCUCAUACAACAACUGACCCUCGAGGAAAAGAUCCAGCUCACAGCCGGAGUCGGUUGGUGGCACACAGCAGAAAUUAAACGCCUCUCGAUACCCCCAAUCCGCCUAUCAGACGGUCCCAACGGCGUGCGAGGUACUCACUUCUUCGACAGCACCCCAUCAUCAUGUCUUCCCUGUGGCACCGCCCUCGGCGCAACAUGGAACACUGAUCUAAUCCACCGCCUUGGGCAAUUACUCUCUGACGAAGCUCACGCCAAAGGUGCUCAUGUUCUUCUUGGUCCCACCGUUAAUAUCCAGAGAGGACCGUUAGGCGGGAGAGGCUUUGAGUCUUUCUCUGAAGAUCCUAUCCUCUCGGGUAUUUUAGCAGGGAAUUAUGUGCGUGGUGUGCAGAAGAAUGGCGUUUCUGCUACGAUGAAGCAUUUUGCCUGUAAUGAUAUGGAAAGCGCGAGAAUGGCUGUUGAUGUACAAGUCACGGAACGGGCCUUGAGGGAGGUUUAUCUUCUCCCGUUUAUGAUUGCUGUGGAGAUGGCCAGUCCGAGGGUAUUCAUGACGGCGUAUAACAAGGUCAAUGGUACCCAUGCACCAGACAAUCAUCACUUGCUGCAGGAUAUCUUGCGCGAUGAGUGGAAGUGGGAGGGAUUAGUUGUCAGCGACUGGUUCGGCACGUACAGUACAACUGAGGCUAUCAACGCGGGACAAGAUCUCGAAAUGCCGGGUCCUACAAGAUGGCGCGGUGAGACUUUGGUGCAUGCUGUUACAUCAAACAAGGUCAAAAGGUCGACCUUGGAUGAGCGUGUAAGAAAUGUCUUGAAACUGGUCAAGCAUUCUAUCGAGAACACCAGCAUCCGUCCAAACGCGCCGGAGACUCAGCUUCAGAGUGAUGAGAACACUCGUCUUCUUCGAGAAGCUGCUGCAGAGUCUGUGGUACUGCUCAAGAAUGAGAAGGGAGUUCUGCCACUUGAUCUGACGAAAAGGGUCGCGGUCAUUGGACCCAACGCGGAUAUCAGCACUUAUUGUGGCGGUGGAAGUGCAAGUCUUCGAGCGUACCAUACUGUUUCGCCAUUGGAGGGCAUCAAGGGUAUUGCGAAGGAUGUUUCCUUCACCAAGGGUCUUUAUGGUCAUCGAUCACUACCGCAAAUCGGCAAGCUGUUGAAGACGGUUGAUGAACAGCGUCAAGGAUUCACUCUUCGUAUAUACAACGAUCCGCCUCCCACGUCCGGACCAGAUACACGCAAGGUCCUGGAAACGAGGAUUUUGGAUGACUCGAAUAUCUGGUUCGUGGACUACGAGCAUCCAGCACUAGAACAGAUCUGGUACGCUGAGAUGGAGGGUGUCUUGACUCCCGAGAACUCAGGCGAAUGGGACUUUGGUCUUUGUGUCCAUGGUACCGGGGAACUCUUCAUCGAUGGCGAGUUGGUAGUCUCGAAUGUCACCGACCAAAAGCCAGGCAGUUCAUUCCUUGGUUGCGGCACUGUCGAGAAAACAGGAUGCAAGAUGCUGGAAGGCGGUAAGAGUUACAACGUCGUCGUGCGCUGGGGCUGCGACAAGACCUCAGAUCUCAAAGUCUCUGGAGUCGUCGACUUUGGCCAAGGCGGUAUGCGCCUCGGAGGCUGCCCCAGACUCGAACCGUGGCAGGCACUCCAAGACGCUGUUGAGUUGGCCAAGAGCGUUGACCAAGUCGUUCUUUGCGUCGGAACAAGUGGAGAAUGGGAGAGUGAAGGUCAAGAUCGCACAAACAUGUCUCUGCCUCCUGGUAGCGAUGACCUGAUCUCCGCAGUUUUGCAAGCAAAUCCUAAUACAGUGGUACUAAUUCAGAGUGGCACGCCUGUUUCGAUGCCUUGGGUGGACCAAGCUAGCACUAUUGCGCAAGCGUGGUUUGGUGGUAAUGAGGCUGGUAAUGGAAUCGCGGAUGUGCUAUUCGGUGCUACGAACCCUUCUGGCAAACUGCCAAUCACGAUGCCCCGACGCGUGGCAGAUAAUCCUAGUGCCUUGAGCUUCCGGUCAGAGGGAGGUCGCGUUCUGUACAGUGAAGACGUGCAUGUCGGCUAUCGCUGGUACGACACGCUUGACAUUGAACCCUUGUUCCCAUUUGGGCAUGGUUUGUCUUAUACUACCUUUGAGCUUUCUGAUCUUCGUGUCGAAGAGCAUCGGGAGCCUGAGAGCAAGAUGUUGACAGUGAGUGUGAACGUGAGCAACACUGGCUCGCGCUCCGGCGCUGCUGUCGUGCAAGUCUACGUCAAGCCACCGCAUCCAACACCGCUUACUGCGUCUGCUCUUGACACGAUCACGAGAUCCAGCAAGGAGCUCAAGGGCUUUGCCAAGAUCAAUCUGGACCUAGGAGCGAGUGGUGUCGCAACGAUUGAGCUGGAUUUGCUACGUGCGACGAGUUACUGGAGUGAGAGGGAGGAUUAUUGGUGCAGUGACGCCGGAGAUUAUACCGUGUUAGUGGGUAUGAGCAGUAGGUGUGAAUUUCUGGAGAAGACGUUUACGGUUCAGAGCGCGACGACGUGGCGGGGACUUCGGUGA